AGACGUGGGGUUGGCGGUGAGGCCGGCGGCGGUAGUUGGGGUUGGGUGGGAGGAGAUCCUUUCCGCACACACGAGGAAGGUUGAGCCGCUGUCGACCCGGUCGCGAGUGCUCAGUCUGGACUGUAGCUGCUGCCCAGGACGCCGGCGAGUGAGUCGUUGGUCGCCAGCUCCCCAGUCUUGCCACCUUCCCUGGGUCAUUGCGGCCUGCUCCUCCCCGGUCGGCCGCCCCCGCCUCCAUUUCCCGCCCUCUCUUCACCACACACACGGCCCCCCCGAUCAUGGAUCCCAGCAGCGGCGGUGGCGGCGGAGGCGGCGGCGGCGGCGGCGGCGGGAGCAGCAGCAGCAGCAGCGACUCUGCGCCCGACUGCUGGGACCAGACCGAUAUGGAGGCUCCCGGGCCCGGGCCUUGCGGCGGUGGCUCCAUGGCCGCGGUGGCCGAGGCCCAGCGUGAGAACCUCAGCGCGGCUUUCAGCCGGCAACUCAACGUCAACGCCAAGCCCUUCGUCCCCAACGUCCACGCCGCGGAAUUCGUGCCGUCUUUCCUGCGAGGUCCGGCCCAGCCGCCGCUAUCCCCGGCUGGCGCGGCCGGCGGUGACCACGGAGCGGGCAGCAGCGCGGGAGGCCCUUCGGAACCUGUGGAGUCCUCUCAAGAGCAGUCAUUGUGUGAAGGUUCAAAUUCUACUGUUAGCAUGGAACUUUCAGAACCUGUUGUAGAAAAUGGAGAGACAGAAAUGUCCCCAGAAGAAUCAUGGGAGCACAAAGAAGAAAUAAGUGAAGCCGAGCCAGCGGGUGGUGGUUCCUCAGGAGAUGGAAGGCCACCAGAGGAAAGCACCCAAGAAAUGAUGGAGGAGGAAGAAGAAAUACCAAAACCUAAGUCAGUGGUGGCACCACCAGGCGCUCCUAAGAAAGAGCACGUAAAUGUAGUGUUCAUCGGGCAUGUGGAUGCUGGCAAGUCAACCAUUGGAGGACAAAUAAUGUAUUUGACUGGAAUGGUCGACAAAAGAACACUUGAGAAAUAUGAACGAGAAGCUAAAGAAAAAAACAGAGAAACUUGGUACUUGUCUUGGGCCUUAGACACAAAUCAGGAAGAGCGAGACAAGGGUAAAACAGUAGAGGUGGGCCGUGCCUAUUUUGAAACGGAAAAAAAGCAUUUUACAAUCCUAGAUGCUCCUGGCCAUAAGAGUUUUGUCCCAAAUAUGAUUGGUGGUGCCUCUCAAGCUGACUUGGCUGUACUGGUAAUCUCAGCCCGGAAAGGAGAGUUUGAAACUGGAUUUGAAAAAGGAGGACAGACAAGAGAACAUGCGAUGUUGGCAAAGACAGCAGGUGUCAAACACUUAAUCGUGCUUAUUAAUAAGAUGGAUGAUCCAACAGUAAACUGGAGCAAUGAGAGAUAUGAAGAAUGCAAAGAGAAAUUAAUACCAUUUUUAAAGAAAGUUGGCUUCAAUCCCAAAAAGGACAUUCAUUUUAUGCCCUGCUCAGGACUGACAGGAGCAAAUCUUAAAGAGCAAUCAGAUUUCUGUCCUUGGUACAUUGGCUUACCAUUUAUUCCAUAUCUGGAUAAUUUGCCAAACUUCAAUAGAUCAGUUGAUGGACCAAUCAGGCUGCCAAUUGUGGAUAAGUACAAGGAUAUGGGGACUGUGGUCCUGGGAAAGCUGGAAUCUGGAUCCAUUUGUAAAGGCCAGCAGCUCGUAAUGAUGCCCAAUAAGCACAAUGUGGAGGUCCUUGGAAUACUUUCUGAUGAUGUAGAGACGGACUCUGUAGCUCCAGGUGAAAACCUCAAAAUCAGACUGAAAGGGAUUGAAGAGGAAGAGAUUCUUCCAGGAUUCAUCCUCUGUGAUCUUAACAAUCUUUGUCAUUCUGGACGCACAUUCGAUGCCCAGAUAGUGAUUAUAGAGCACAAGUCCAUCAUCUGCCCAGGGUAUAAUGCGGUGCUGCACAUUCACACCUGUAUCGAGGAAGUCGAGAUAACGGCCUUAAUCUGCUUGGUAGACAAAAAAUCAGGAGAAAAAAGUAAGACUCGACCCCGUUUUGUAAAGCAAGAUCAAGUAUGCAUUGCUCGUCUAAGGACAGCAGGGACCAUCUGCCUGGAGACCUUUAAGGACUUCCCUCAGAUGGGACGUUUUACCUUAAGAGAUGAAGGUAAGACCAUUGCGAUUGGGAAAGUUCUGAAACUGGUCCCAGAGAAAGACUGAGCAUCUCCUUGAUGACCCUGCACAGUACUGUGAGGAGAACUGACUGCAAAAGCCUACUUCACACCGCCUUCUCUCACUUUCUGCCCAUUGACAAACCUCUCCCCAUAUUUUGCAAAGAAAAUUCCCAGCAAAAGUCCACAUCAUGUCAGCUUUCUCAUAUUGAGAGCUUGGCUAUGCCAGUUUGACUUCCCCAAGAGUUUGCCCCACAAACUUUGCUUCCUUGGACACAUUUGGCAAUAGCUUUGUAAGUGAUGUGGACAUGAUUGCCUACAAUAAGGAAACCUACAGGAAGUUUUUUAUUUUUCAUUUUCCCCUUAGGCAUAGUUAGUCUUUUUCUCCCCAGGCAGAUCAUUCUGAGUGUGCAAGUGUGUGUGCACAUGUUAAAAAGACAACUACCAUGUUAAUAAAAUAUUCAAUUUGAAACCCU